CCCCCACUCACUUGUUCGCGGUCGAUCGCAGAAUUUUGUAAACUCUAACCUCACCUCAUAUUAUUUAUGUUGUAAUUUCUUAUAAUAUUGUGCUGCCUAAGCUGUUCAUAAACAAUAGUAGUUGAUGGAAAUAAAUUAUAAUAAACAUUCACCUUUAGAUUUAUUUUUUUGUGAAUGUUUACUCUCAAAGUUCUCAAAUGAACAAAUAUGGAACUUGUUUGGAUACGAACUGAGGCCCUUCAGGCCCAAUGAUUGUGCAAUUCUGCAUUGUGGAUAAACAAAAUGUCAAAAGUGACCAAACGUAAGAUAACAGUUGAAAGCAGCAUUAGUGGAAGCAGCGGAAACUUGAAUUCUAACUUGACGAAAGACUCUCAGCGACGACAGAGUGUAUUUGAACGUUUGGGAAUCAAGACAUCGACGCCAAUUACUGUGAAUACUGCACUCAGUCAGGCGGCUGCCACCGGCACCGGCGAGAACUACUGUCGACAUUGGGCUCAGAAUGGAACAUGUCCGUAUGGAAAAUCAUGCAAGUUCACUAACACUCAUACUCUGAUCAGUCCAUCUAAGAGAGUUAAUAAGAAAGAGGUAGAAUCAAAAGAGCAGGCAACUUUGAGAGCGUUGGAAGAGGCUAAGCGACUUCAUUCGUCGGUGCUGAAGCGGUCGAGUCCGGACGUCAACUGGGAGACUUGGGAUCAGACCGACCUGGAGUACGAGGACGAAAAGGUUCUGGAAAAGAGACGACAGCUCUUGCAGAGGGAGUUGGAGCUACAGAUGAAAAGGGAGGAGACAGAGAAUUCCACCAGAAAAGGCUUUCGUCCAAAGCACUUGCUUAGAAAGGACGCAUCGAGCUCAUCUUCGUCUUCACUGUCGUCGUCGACCUCCACAGACUCGUCGACCAGCAGCGACGACUCGUCGUCCGGCUCCACCAGCUCACCCAGCGCCGUCAAGCGCAAGGCCAACGCCAAGGCUAGGAAGUCCAAGCGGGACUCCACCUCCUCCACUUCAGACAUCGACAGAGUGUCCCGCAAGAAAUCAAGGGAUGGAAAGAAGGGGAGAUCGUCGUCGUCCGCGCUGAAGAAGCUGAGUGGUGUGAGGAGGAGUGGAGGGGAUGGCAAGAAGGGCUCCACUCCUCCGUCGAAGGGUGGCGGGGGGCGUCGCAAGGCGUCGCUCAGUCGCUCGCGAAAGAAGUCGCCAGCGUCACCGCCCCCGACCAAGCGCCUCCCUGCCACCCCGCCGCCUCCAUCUAUCGGAUUCAGUUUCGCAAGCAAGUCUGCUAAAGGAUCAGCCAAAACUGGUUCAAGCUCUCGACACGCUGCGUCACCGCGGUCGGGCAGUAGGCGCUCGAUGUCGGUUGAGCGGAAGCACAACAGGAGUCUGUCGCCGCGCGGAAGCAACCGCGACAGGGAGAGAGACAGAGACAGAGGACGCUCCCGGAGUCCCAAGCUCAAGAACAGAGACCGGUCGCCCACUCUGUCGCGUCGGUCGGGCGACACGUCGCGGUCGCGUCGCAAGGAGUCGCCCGACGUCAAGUCGCGUGACAAGAGACUGGCCAGGAAGAACUCUCCUAAGCGAGAUAGACUUGAUGACAGAAAACGAGACGAUGAUCGCUCAAGAGGUGGCAAAGAUGACAGACGCUUCGAUAAGAAGCCAAUUCCUGACAGGAGCUCUGCUGGCGAUAGGGAAAAGAGAGAGCAUGAGGAAUCGGCUAGGAUCCGAGAAAAAGCGAGAGAAAAAGAAAGAAUUGAAGCUCUAGAAAGAUGCAGGGAACGUCAGAGAGAGAGGGAACUAAUGGCUAAGGAUAAAGAUAAACAAAGAGAUAGGCUUAGAGAUGAUAGAGACAAAGAUGUUGGCAAGAUGAAGGAUUACGACCGUGAAAUACCUCUUCACAGUAUUCCUGGUGAGAGAAAAGGUCCUAUCGACAGGGACAGACUGAAUAAGGAUAGAAAGGACAGGGAAAAGGAUCGUUUCGACAAGGAUCGGGAAAGAGAGAAGCCACCAUACGAGCGUGCCAUUGAAAAGCCCAGAUUGGGUCCUGACAGGAUUCCAGACAGAGAUCGCAACAUGGAGAGACCCAUUGACAAAGAUAGACGCGGUAUGGAGAGGGACAGAGGAAAUGAGAGGGAUCAUCUGAUGGAUAGGAAUAAACCGCCCGAGAGUGACAGAGAGCGCGGACCGGAGAGAGAUCGCAGUUUCGACAAGGACAGAGUGAAAAUGUUGCCAGCUAGAGAAAGAGCGGAGUUCGAGAGGGAUCGACCGCAUGAUAAGGACAGACAGUUUGAGCGUGGCAACGAACAUGAGCGGAGUUAUGAGAGAGACAGAUCCAUGGAGAAAGACAGGAAUGUGGUUAGAGAUCGCGGAAUCGAAAGGAUUAUGGAGAGAGAGAGGGGAAGUAUGGACAGGAGCAGGGCAGGGUCAGAUGGUGAGCCUAUUAUUAUAAUAGAAUAUUUAUUCAAUCUUCCAAUUGAAAUAUUUUCAAAUCUACAAAAUUCUGUUUCUGAUUUUUUUAAUGCUCAUAUUCGAAAAACGUUUCAGUUUUUAUGUUUUUACAAUACAUCCUUGGGUAUAGUAAAGGCAAAUUGGAGAGAUUUUGUAGAGAGAGGAGGCAGAUUUCAAAAUGAAGGCGCGGGUGAUCGUGGCCACUUUAACAGUCCUUCCAGGGGAGAAGAUCCAAGAAAUAUGCGGAUGCAGCCACAAUUCGGCGAUGACAGGAGACGGCGUGAUCCUGGAAUGAGAAAUUGGGACUAUGAUGAAGGUGCUAAACCAAGAGACUGGGACUAUCAAGACAACAGGAGAGAGUGGGAUAAUCGGAACCGUAUGAGACGUCCUCCCCACCCCAACGAACCUGUUGAAGGUUGCGAAGAAAAUAUUCCAGAGAAAGAGCCUAUUGAACAAGUAAUUGCUCCUCCUGCUGAUAUUUCAAUGAAACGAGCAAGAGAUGAAAGUGAAGGCCUGGGACAGGAGAUGAAGAAAAUUCGCACGGACGAGCCGCCUCCAGCCAUCUUGGAAGAGGAUCUCAGUGACAUCAGUGAUGAUCCUGAUGAAAUUCUCAACAGAGAUGAUAUUGAAGGACCAGGCACAGAGCUUGAUGCUGAAAUGGAUGAAAUGGACUCCAAAUCUGUUCAUAUUCCGACAUUGAAUCAGUCCAGUAUGCCUCAGACUCCUAUUUCUACUGCCAAUAAUUCUACUAUCAAUGACUCUUUGGAACAAAGAUUAGCUGAUGAUAGAACAGUUGAUGAAGAAGGUGUUGAUAAUCUUGACUUUGAAGAAAUAUCAGAUGAGGAACUGGAAGAGGAAGCAAGGGCUAACAAAGCUGCUUCAAGAAGAAAAGCCAAGGGACUUGGCGAUGCUUUGGGCGUGGACUGGGCGAGCCUGGUGGCGGAGACGCGACCGAAGCGUCCCGACGCAGACAGCGACCAGCCGGGCGCCGCGAGGCGACGCUUUGAGCCUCUGCGCAUACUCGCCCGAAUUGGCAUCUCGCUCAAGUAUGCCGGCGAAAAAAUGUACAACGACAUACAGCAGAAGGCUGCAGCUGAAGUUGCAAAACCUGAAGAAGACGGAGAUGAGGCAGAAGUGAAAGAACCAAAACCAGAAUUGAAAUUGCUGCACCCUGUGGCUGGUAUUCACUCUCAAUUACGACUGAAACACUCCCAGCGUCGAAACUUGUUCUCAGGGGUAGAUAUGAUCAAGAGAGCGUUAUCUGCCAGAAGAGAUAUUGCUAUAAGGCGACAUCUGUGCAAUUUGCCGGUUAAAAGUCUCGAAGUUCAGCAAGCGGCUGGUUUUUGUCAGUGGGUCGUCUGAUUUUAUAAAAAUGAUACAGUAUAAUAUUCCUAAGAAGUUUUAUCACUAUUUUUAAUUUUUAGAGCUAAAAAAUAAACCGUAAUGGAAUAAU